AUGUCCGUCACCCUCAAACAAAUGUUGGUCCUCAGCGCAGCCAACCGCACCACUAUAUCUGGCACACGAGCAGGUGCACUCGAAGCCUUGCAGCAGAACACCUGGGUCGAGUUCGCGUUUUUAACGGCUUGUCAUACUGCUGUAGGCGAUACCGUUCUAUCUCUUCCGACCAUCCAAGAAUUUUCCAUCCUGCCCCGCACUGGACUCUUCGGCUCACCUUCACCUGCCAGACGCGUCUCCUUCGCUUUUUGGAAUGCUUAA